UAUCACGGUUUGAUUAUAUAUCAAUUAUAUAUAAUUAUUAUUAUUAUAUAUCAUAUAUAUGUCUAUGUUUAACACUCUAUGUUUUUUUUAUCUCCCUCACUGCUCCUGGGAUGCACUGCCUGGAGAUCCAGAGCCAUCUUACACCACAUGCCAUCCUCUUGGAGAAGGACCCUCUCAGUCCAGAGGACUGCUGGGCCGUGCUGAGGGCUGCCAAGAACGACUUCUUGGCAAUCCUUGGCAAGGUCUAUCCUGAGGAGAAGCCCCUGGAGUCUGCGGAAUGCUGCCUGGUCCUCUACUACCUGGAGGCCACGGUGAUUCUAAAACAUCUCCAGCGACCAGGCGUGGUGGAGCACAUGACCGUCGAGGAGUGGAUGGCCAGGAGCAGGACAGAACCAGACCAUGCGGUGAUUGGUGUGAAGGAGCACAAGACAUCGGCACAGCAAGUGGCCACAUUUGCACUGUCCUCUGAGGAGGAGACGUGGUUCGACAUCUACUUCACCCGGGUACGGCCACAGCUCCUGUCAUCCAAGAGAAGCCGGAUGACGACGGAUGACCAGGGAGGAGAUGGACGGUUCUUCGUCUCAACUGCAGGCCGUCCGAUCUUCAAUGCGUCAAAUGACCUUAACCGGCUACACCAAAAAUACAAGCUGGAUCCAGUCACCAGCCAGAUGGCCCGGCGGAUCUUUGAGACGGCCACCAAGGACUUGAGUGACCAGCAGAAGUCUUUGGUGGCCGAUUACCUCACACACUCUAGUGCGACGGCUGACAAACAUUAUAGAAUGAAGAAGUCGCAGAAUGUGGUGCUGGCCAGUAUGCUGCUGAAGAGGCUGGCAGGUGACUUGAGCGCUGACUCUGCUGAAGAAGGAUCGAGCUGCUCUGCCCAUGGCGCCGCACGGGAUGCCGCCAUGGGGUCCAACCAGCAGAUGGAUGUCCAGGCAGCAUUCGAUCAGCUACUUCAAACCAACCCCGUGACCCUGGAUGGCGACGUGCCAGAUAAGAAUGUACGGACACAGACGUCGGGCCAGUUUCAGCGACAGCUCUAUGAGCGCUGGCUGAAGGCCCAGAUGAGGAUGCGUGUCCGACAUGUCCUCUCACACUUUGGCAGACGGCAGCCCACCGAGUCCCGGGUCGACGCAUGGAUAAGGAAGCAAGGCUGGAGAAACAAUGUUCCGAGCGCGGCCAGCGUCCUAAAGGACUGGAGACCAGUGGGCUCCGUGGACACCGCCAUAGAUUGCCACCACGUCCAGAACCUCGUCCGCAGGCAAAAGUGGAAGGGACUUGUUGUGGUGGACAUUGCGGGGAAGGGGAAGGGAGUCUGCGCCACCCGGCAGUUCCAGGCUGGCGAGGUGGUUUGUGACUACCACGGGCCGGUAGUCACAGCCACUGAGGGCCAGCGGAUUCACGAAAGUACGAAAGAAGAAGAGUCAGGGUAUAUGUUUUUUUUUAGAAACAGCCAGGGCAUCCACAAGUGUGUGGAUGCCCAUUCACCGGAGUGUAACUGUCACCCAGGCAUACAAACUCUUGGCCGGCUGGUUAAUCACUCACGGAAAAAAGCUAACCUCCGGCCAAGGUUGUAUAGCACGCCAGAGGGACAGGACAUUAUUUUACUUUUAUCUGUCAGAAAAAUAAAUGUUGGGGAGGAGCUUUUAUUCGAUUAUGGGGUGCAGAGGACAUCUUUCCGGGGAGAGGGCUUGGAGCUCUCCUGGCUCUGAAACCCGGUACCUCAGUUUUCCCCAUUUUAUUCUGUUUUUUGUUUAUGUUAUGUUAUGUUAUUCUGUUUUAUAUUUAUAAAUUGCAAUAAAGUUACACCUU